AUGUUGCGUUACUCUUCUCCAAUGAACCCUCAUGCUGCGGCAUGCCCUCCCAUGGAGCACUCCUACUCGACCAGCAGUGAGGAGUCCAUGCAGUCUCCAAUGGGAUAUUAUGAUAUGUACAGCAUGGCGAGCAAUGAUUUCGAGCUCUACCACGCUCAAUCCAACGCAUCCUCCUACUCUUCCUCCUACCCAUCUUCCAACUAUUCCUUCUCCUCCUCAUUUGGAUCUUCCUACGACUCGGGCUCUUUCGAGGCAUCUUCGUACGACUCCGCCUCCUAUGACUUUACCACCCCUCCACCCGUCUACUGCCCACCGGAUCUCAAUCCACCGUUCGCCCCACAGUACUUUUCCUCCCCAGUUCAGGGCACAUGGCCCACUCCCCCUGCGCAAGUCGUGCCUGUGGAGGAUUUCCCCUACCCCCCACUGGAGACCCACUACACUCCAUGCGAUACAGCCAAACCGGUGAAGCCCUACGUCUGUGAAUGCGGCCGGGCGUUCACUCGACCGGCGGACCUGAAGCGGCACGAGUCCAGCGUCCACAACCCUGUCUUCCAGGACUGUCCGGUGCAGGGAUGCAUUCGCAAGGACAGCAAUGGCUUUCCGCGCCGAGACCAUUUGAUUGAGCACCUGCGGUCGUACCACCACCUCAAUGUGCCGAAGCGCCGUGCGGCUACUAAGCGGGUGGCAAAGGCGGCUUAA